CCUAAUAAUUGAUUAUGAUAUGCACUUUAGUAACAUUACGUACAUUCAUUGUUGCACCUCAUACUACAUCAACGUAUAUUAAGUGGCUUCAUGAGACCAAAUCCAAAUCAUAUGAUAAGCAUUUUUUUGCACAAAAUAAACUCUAAUACGUUAAAUUUACACUCUUAUAUAUACCAGUUAGAAAUAUUGAAAAUAAUUCAUCUAAAUAUAUAUUUUCCGUGUUAAAUUGAUAUUGUACAUUACCUUUUAUAUAUAUGCAAAUCACAUUCCUUUUGUUUUAGUGCAGUGUGAAAACAUCGAUACUGACAUUAUUAUACUUGUCUAUAGACAUUGGCUUUAAACAUUUUCAUAUAAUCAACAAAAUUAAAUAUGACUGAUAAUUCUUUUCCUUUUAAAAAUAUUUUCCAAAUUAUAACCCAUUAAAACUCAAAUCUUAUCUUGGUAAACAAGUCUUAUAACCUCAAAAUAUUUUUUGUUGAUUCAUCAGAAAAUCUUCAUCCAGCUAUGAUCAUUCAUGCAUGUUAUCUUAAUUUUGAAGACACAAAUAAUUCUGCAAAUAAAAUAUAAUUAAUAUUCAAAAUCUUAUCAUAAAUAAUUAGUAACCUUGUAAAAUAUUCAUAUAUAAACCACUACCUAUUUUGGAGAAAAACACAAAACAACCUUCCUUUUUUUCUUUUUCUCCAACACAAUGACAAGGAAGAAGGUAAAGCUAGCCUUCAUCGCCAACGACUCGGCCCGAAAGGCGACCUACAAAAAGCGAAAGCGAGGCUUGUUGAAGAAGAUGGACGAGUUGACAACCUUGUGUGAUGUUAAAGCAUGUGCCAUCCUUUACAGCCCAUAUGAGGCCCGGCCCGUGGUGUGGCCCGGACCUUCGGGGGCCCGAGAUGUGAUCGCGAGCUUCAAGCGGUUGCCGGAGAUGGAGAAGGUGAAGAAAAUGGUGAGCCAAGAGGAGUUCCUAAGGCAAAGGGUGGCUAAGGCACAUGAUCAAUUGAAAAAACAACAAAAGGAUAAUAGGGAAAAAGAUAUGACACAAGUUAUGUACCAAUGUUUGACCGGUAAGAGCAUACAAAAUAUGAGUUUGUUAGACCUAAGUGAUCUUGGUUGGGUGAUUAAUCAACACUUGAGUGAAAUAAACAAUAGGGUUGAUGCUUUGAAAAAGGAAAACCCUAGCCCUAAUAAUAACAAAAACAAAAUUCAUAAUAGCAAUAUUAAAAAUAAUAUUCGUAAUAAUGUUAAUAUUCAAUCAGAGUCAGGCCAACCGCCACAUCAUCAAAAUGUGGUUGGCCCUGAGAAGGAGGGCGAGGGUCUUCAAGAAGAAAAAGAAGAUUUUGAACGACCAUGGUCAUCAUUUAUGGAUAUGAUUGGCCCACCAAUGUUUUUCGAUCAUCAACCACAUCCGCCUCUGCCUCCUCAUCCCCAUCACAAUAUGGGGAUGGGAGGACGAGGUUUAGGGUACGGGUUAAGUGGUGUAACAAAUGGUAGUGCUAGUAGUAGUACUAGUAAUAACAAUAAUAUGAUGAUGAUGAUGGGUCAAUUUGGAGAAUACCAUGGUCAUGGUAUUAAUCCGAAUAUGUGGUCGAGUGGUUUCUUCCCUUGAUGAUGAUGAUGAUGAUGAUGAUGGUAAUGCAUGGCCGGUUUUUAUAGCAAAGUGGUUAUAAUGAAGUGAUUGAACUCUAUUUAUUUUAUUUGAAUUUUAUUUUUAUUUAGCAAUUCGUGUUUUGUUAGACAAACAAAUAGUAGUAGUUGAUCAACCUUUUUCUUUCUUGGUAAUUAUGAAAUGGAAAAAAGUUAUACAUUUUUUAAUACUUUUUUUAGAAUCCCCCCUUUUGUAAUUGUU